AUGAGUAACAGUGCGAUGGUGGCCGUGGCGAUCUGCUGUAUAUUGGUGCUGCUAGCCGUGUUUAUCGUGCUGAUCAUAGUGGUCGGUUCGACGAUGGGCGAACCGAAGUGAGAUAAGCUCCAACUGGGGCCAGGUCACUUCGCCGAUGGAUAGCCAAGGCCCCCCGGCUGUUAGAAUUUGGACGGAUUUUGUUCCACGGGUGCUGCCGCUACUGCUGCCGUUGCCGACGGA